AUGAACUCGCGUCCGCUACUUCCUGUUACCGACGAUCCAGAGGAUUUUGACAUCCUGACUCCAGCGCACUUCUUAAUAGGGACUUCAGCUUCAGCCUUGCCCGACCCAAACGUCACCAGUAUUCCGGAAAAUCGCCUCAGCCACUACCAGCAGCUUCAAAUGCACGUGCAGCAAUUCUGGAUUCGAUGGCGAAAUGAAUAUCUGCAAGAGCUACAGCGCGAUUCCAAACUUCUUCGCAGCCGAAACGACGAAAUUUCUCCUGGACGAAUGGUCAUCGUAGUGGACGAACUGCAGCCUCCUCUCCGUUGGCCUCUUGCACGAAUAACAGCUGUUCAUCCAGGAAAAGAUAACAUCGUCCGCGUCGUUUCACUUCGAACAGCGAGAGGAAUAAUCAAACGUCCGACUGCCAAAAUUUGUUUGCUGCCGUUUUCCGAUGCCACCAAUGACGUAGAGGAAUGCCCAAUAAGCAACGAAUCAAGGCCAGAUCCAACAGCAGCGACUAAAUUGUGA